AUGCGCACAAUUUCGGCCCUGAGGGUGCACCGCCCACCCUGGCCCACCGACCGCACCGGUGUGUUCGCUCGGCCGGCGUGGGACAGCCGGGAAGAACGGGAGGAAGGGGAGGGGGCCGAAAACAAGCAGCCGGCCAGUCUGCCACACUCAAGAUGGCGGCGCGGCAGCGGCGAGGUCCUUCAGAGGCGGUACCAGCGCAUGCGCAGCGCGGAGUCCCGGCCCGGGACACAAGAUGGCGGCAGCGGCGCUGGGGAGGGCGAGGCGGAGGCGGCAAAACGGGCGGUCGAGCAGAACGUGCAGUCGCGUCCUUUCGAGUCCGCUCCAGGCAGCCCCGCCCCGGCGGGGGCUCGCCCUGCCGCUUCUCCUGCGCCCACAAAUGUCCACCCGCAGGUCCCCGUGGGCACCUUGGUGAAGGAGGGGGGCCAAGUGGUGGCUGACCUGUCCCGCCCCGGCGCCGAGUACCUCGCAGCCCUGGGGGGCGCAGGCGGGAAGGGCAACCGCUUCUUCCUGGCCAAUGACAACCGUGCCCCCGUGACGUGCACCCCCGGGCAGCCCGGACAGGAGCGAGUCCUCUUCCUGGAGCUGAAGACCGUGGCACAUGCCGGCCUGGUUGGGGUCCCCAACGCAGGGAAGUCCUCGCUGCUCCGGGCCCUGUCCAACGCGAGGCCCGCCGUGGCCGCCUACCCGUUCACUACCCUGCAGCCCCACGUCGGGGUCGUCCACUACGAGGACCACCAGCAGGUCACAGUGGCCGACAUCCCGGGCAUCAUCCGAGGCGCGCACCGGGGCCGGGGCCUGGGCCUGGCCUUCCUGCGGCACGUGGAGCGCUGCGGCUUCCUGCUGUUCGUGCUGGACCUGUCGCUGCCCGAGCCCUGGACGCAGCUGGCGGACCUGCGGUUUGAGCUGGAGCAGUCUGUGACUUUUUUCUUCUACUUGCUCUCCAGCUGUCGAGGCAAGGAACCCAAUGGACCCGUAUUCGCUCUGCUGCUGACCGCCCACCCACCGUGCUGCGCCUUCUCUCGGGCCUGGGCCUGCCUCUGUGGGGCCUCGUGA